GAAGUUUCACACCUCAUUCUUGAUGGUGUUGCUCAUGCAUUGUUGUAUGUUCAAGAUCACGCACCGGAUAUCGAGUAUCAAGGCCUCGAUGACAUGGCGAGAACUUUGCCAACAGCUGAGAAACAUCUCAGAGUCAACCUCAACACCAUCAUAACUUACCUUUUCUUAUGUCCGACAUGCUGGCAGGUUCACGAUUCGUUCACAUUGUACGAUGAAGGUCUUUGGGAACAGUGCAGUGAAGACGAUUGCGAUGGCAUACUCUAUACAACAAAGCUUCUGGCUAGUGGCAAGUCAACACAUAAGCCAAUGAAAGUUCUGCCAUAUGUG